GCCCCCCCCCCCCCGACUGUUCAAACAGGAAGGCGGACAUGUUGGUGUCUCUCGCAGGUUUCCUCGCAGUCGCCGCGGCCGGACCUUACGCUCUCCCCUCCCCUUAAGCUACCUCCUUCCCUCCUCCUUCUCACGCUGCAACCUCGGGUCGGUCCUGAAGUGGUCCGGGCUGCCGUCCCGUACCUGAGGCGGAGGAGUGGGAGGGGGGAGCUGAGCCGGCGUUGGCAGCGGCGGGAGGCAGCGAGGAACCGCUGGCGGCCGCGCAGCGAGGAGGAGGAGAGAGGAAGAAAGAUGCUGUUGCCGUCGCUCCGCCGUUGAAGUGACUCGUCCCCUGCCCGCGGGGGGCACUCGCAGCGGGGGCCGGGGCGGCCUGUGCGCGCAGCUGGUAGCCCUUCGCUGCCCGCCCGCCCGCCCGGAGCAGGCAGGGCACAGCCGAGGAGAGGGGCAGCCUCUCCCCCCGGCUCGCCCCGGGCUCCUUCGUUCCGUGCCCAUGGAGGGACCAACCCCACGGCGCUGAGACACCCUGCGGAGAGGAUCUUCCUACUUUUUUUUUUUUCCUUUCUCUCAUUUUUGCCUUGUUGGUGUGCCUGCAGGCUUUUGCCCCCCACCCCGCACCUCCCUCCCCUUUUUUUUUCUUUUCUGUGGUUGCUUUUUCUUCUGGUUUUCCGGAAAGAAAGCUGCGCUUUGGAACCUGGCAUUGACCCGCCGCCGCUCCUGCAGGGCGAGGUGGAGGAACCGCUACGCUGGCUCCCAGGGCGGCUUCCCCGGCUGGGAAAAUGAGGUUGCUGAGGCGCUGGGGCCCGAGUAGAGGAGGGAGGGAGAGGAAACCUGCUGCUGCAGAGUUGUGAGCAGCCCAGGAAAGUGCGUGCGUGCGUGGAGGAGGGGGGAGAAGCAGCAUCGUCCCCCCGCCGCGGACUCUUCUUCGGUUUUCUCUCCCCUUGGCGAGGCAGCGAGGGGGACUUGCCUCAGAGACUUCUGUGAUUGAAGGGAUUUUGCAGGAAGCGCUCCUCAGCCUGGUAUAGGCUGUGUGGUUUCUCUUUUGUGCUCGCUUGUUCCUGUUUUUUACUUUUUUCUUUAUUUUUAACCUUACUUUGCUCUGGAAUAAGGGAAACUUUUAUCUCCGGAAACAUGUCGACGGGAGAAACUUUUGAGUCUCGGUUUGAAAAAAUCGACGUGACUUUAAAGGACCCCAAAUCCGAAGUGAACGUGGACUGUUUGCUGGAUGGAUUAGAUGCUUUGGUAUAUGACUUGGAUUUUCCUGCCUUAAGAAAAAACAAAAACAUUGAUAACUUCUUAAACAGGUAUAAAGACACAGUAAAUAAAAUGAGAGAUCUGCGCAUGAAAGCUGAAGAUUAUGAAGUGGUGAAGGUGAUCGGCAGAGGGGCAUUUGGGGAGGUUCAGUUGGUAAGGCAUAAAUCCUCAAGGAGAGUAUAUGCCAUGAAGCUUCUGAGCAAAUUUGAGAUGAUAAAAAGAUCAGAUUCUGCAUUCUUCUGGGAAGAAAGGGAUAUUAUGGCUUUUGCUAAUAGUCCCUGGGUUGUUCAGUUAUUUUAUGCAUUCCAAGAUGACCGUUACCUCUACAUGGUGAUGGAGUACAUGCCUGGUGGGGACCUUGUGAAUUUAAUGAGCAACUAUGAUGUUCCGGAGAAAUGGGCAAGAUUUUAUACUGCUGAAGUUGUACUUGCAUUAGAUGCAAUUCACUCAAUGGGUUUUAUACACAGAGAUGUGAAGCCUGAUAAUAUGCUGCUAGAUAAAGCUGGUCAUUUAAAACUAGCAGAUUUUGGUACUUGUAUGAAGAUGAACAAGGAAGGUAUGGUACGAUGUGAUACAGCUGUGGGAACACCAGACUAUAUCUCUCCUGAAGUAUUGAAGUCCCAGGGUGGUGAUGGUUACUAUGGGCGAGAAUGCGACUGGUGGUCAGUGGGAGUCUUUUUGUAUGAGAUGCUUGUAGGUGAUACACCUUUUUAUGCAGAUUCUUUGGUUGGAACAUACAGUAAGAUUAUGAACCAUAAGAACUCCCUUACUUUCCCUGAUGACAAUGACAUUUCUAAAGAGGCAAAAAACCUUAUUUGUGCCUUUUUAACUGAUAGGGAAGUGAGGCUAGGACGAAAUGGUGUAGAAGAAAUUAAACGGCACCUUUUCUUCAAAAAUGAUCAGUGGGCUUGGGAAACUCUCAGAGAUACUGUAGCACCAGUUGUGCCUGACUUAAGCAGUGACAUUGACACUAGUAAUUUUGAUGAUUUGGAAGAAGACAAAGGAGAGGAAGAAACAUUUCCCAUACCAAAAGCAUUUGUGGGCAACCAACUUCCUUUUGUAGGAUUUACAUACUACAGCAACCGUCGGUAUUUAGCUGUCUCUGCAGAAAAUUCCAAUGAUAACAGAACAGGCUCCACUGUGGAUAAGAGUGUGCUGGAAAAUAUGCAGAAGAUGAUCUAUGAGUUGGAAGAACAGCUACAUAAUGAAAUGCAGUUGAAAGAUGAAAUGGAGCAAAAAUGCAGAUCUUCAAACAUAAAGCUAGACAAGAUAAUGAAAGAACUGGAUGAAGAGGGAAAUCAAAGAAAGAACUUGGAAUCAACAGUGUCUCAGAUUGAGAAGGAAAAGAUGGUAUUACAACAUAAGAUAAAUGACUACCAAAGAAAAAUUGAACAAGAGAAUGAAAAAAGACGAAAUGUUGAAAAUGAAGUGUCCACACUAAAAGAUCAGAUGGAAGACUUGAAAAAAAUCAGUCAGCAUUCACAAAUGACAAAUGAGAAGAUAACACAAUUACAAAAACAACUAGAAGAAGCAAAUGAUUUGCUAAGGACGGAAUCGGAUACAGCAGCAAGACUAAGAAAGGGUAAUACAGAAAUGAGCAAGUCAUUAAGUCAGGUGGAAUCACUGAAUAGAGAACUGCAGGAAAGGUGCAGAGUUCUAGAAAGCACAAAACUGCAGGUGGAGAAGGAUUAUUACCAACUGCAAGCAGCUUUGGAGUCGGAACGAAGGGACAGAAGUCAUGGAUCUGAAAUGAUUGGAGAACUACAGGUUCGGAUUACAACUUUACAAGAAGAAGUAAAACACAUUAAAAACAAUCUUGAAAGAGUGGAAGCAGAAAGAAAACAAGCACAAGAUAUGCUUAAUCAUUCAGAAAAGGAAAAGAAUAAUUUAGAGAUAGAUUUGAACUACAAACUCAAAUCAUUACAAGACCGGUUAGAACAGGAAGUAAAUGAACACAAAGUGACUAAAGCUCGAUUAACUGACAAACAUCAGUCAAUAGAGGAGGCAAGAUCAGUUGCAAUGUGUGAAAUGGAAAAAAAAGUAAAGGAAGAAAGGGCAGCAAGAGAAAAGGCAGAAAAUCGAAUAGUUCAAGCUGAAAAACAGUGUUCCAUGCUGGACUUUGACCUGAAGCAAUCUCAGCAGAAACUGGAACACCUUCUUGAGCAAAAGGAAAGACUGGAAGAUGAAGUAAAGAAUCUAACACUUCAGCUAGAACAAGAGACAAGUAAGCGAAUAAUGGCACAGAAUGAAUUAAAGGCGCAAGCUUUUGAAGCAGAUAACUUGAAGGGUUCUGAGAAGCAGCUGAAACAGGAAAUCAAUACGUUGUUGGAAGCAAAGAGAUUACUGGAAUUUGAGUUGGCUCAACUUGCUAAACAGUACAGAGGAAAUGAAGGUCAAAUGCGUGAGCUUCAGGAUCAACUUGAAGCUGAGCAGUAUUUUUCGACACUUUACAAAACUCAGGUUAAGGAACUGAAAGAAGAAAUUGAUGAAAAGAAUAAAGAAACUCAAAGAAAAAUGCAGGAAUUGCAAAAUGAAAAAGAAACACUCACUACCCAGUUGGAUUUAGCUGAAACCAAAGCUGAGUCGGAGCGAUUGGCACGAGCACUCCUUGAAGAACAGUAUUUUGAACUGAGUCAGGAAAGCAAAAAAGCAGCAUCAAGACACAGGCAAGAAAUGACUGAUAAAGACAGCAUCAUAAGAAGGCUGGAAGAAACUAAUAGCACAUUAACCAAAGAUGUUGAUUUAAUCACAAAGGAAAACUCAGAGAUCAGUGAAAAAAUUAAGAAACAGGAGGAAGAAUACAAAAUGAAAAAAGAGGAGGAAAUCAAUAAUAUUAGAAUGCAUUAUGAGAAGAGCAUUAACACUGAAAGAACUCUGAAGACACAGGCUGUCAACAAACUGGCUGAGAUAAUGAACCGGAAAGAUUUUAAAAUAGACAGAAAGAAAGCUAAUAUGCAAGAUUUGAGGAAGAAAGAGAAGGAAAACCGAAAGCUCCAAUUAGAGCUUAAUCAAGAAAAAGAGAAAUUCAAUCAGAUGGUAGUGAAAUACCAAAAGGAGCUCAAUGAAAUGCAAGCGCAACUAGCAGAAGAAUCUACGUACAGGAAUGAGCUCCAGAUGCAGCUGGAUAGUAAAGAGAGUGACAUAGAACAACUACGAAGGAAAAUUUUGGACCUCCAGCAAGGAAUGGAUUCUACCAGUGUUGCUAGUCUCCAGCCAGAUGAAACAGAUGGAAAUCUUUCAGAAUCAAGACUUGAAGGUUGGCUUUCAGUACCAAACAAAGGAAAUAUAAAGCGACAUGGCUGGAAGAAACAGUAUGUUGUGGUGAGCAGUAAAAAGAUAUUGUUCUACAAUGAUGAAAAGGACAAGGACCAGUCUAAUCCAUCCAUGGUACUAGAUAUAGAUAAGCUGUUCCACGUCCGGCCUGUGACUCAAGGAGAUGUAUAUAGAGCUGAAACUGAAGAAAUUCCUAAAAUAUUCCAGAUUCUCUAUGCUAAUGAGGGGGAAUGCAGGAAGGAUUUGGAGGUAGAACCAGUACAGCCGACAGAGAAGACAAAUUUUCUAAAUCACAAAGGCCACGAAUUUAUUCCAACAUUAUACCACUUUCCAGCCAACUGUGAGGCCUGUGCCAAACCUCUUUGGCAUGUCUUUAAACCCCCUGCUGCCCUAGAAUGUCGAAGAUGCCAUGUGAAGUGCCAUAGAGACCACUUAGAUAAAAAGGAGGAAUUAAUUGCACCAUGCAAAGUGAGUUACGAUGUAACUUCAGCAAGAGAUAUGUUGUUAUUGGCAUCCUGUCAAGAUGAACAGAAGAAGUGGGUGACUCACUUAGUAAAGAAGAUCCCGAAGACGCCACCAUCUAGUUUUGUUCGUGCUUCUCCUAGAACUAUGUCUACAAGAUCCUCAGCAAAUCAGUCAUUCCGAAAAGUUGUUAAAAAUACUUCUGGAAAAACAAGGCACGGAGUAUGGAGGAAGAAGCAUAUUGAGCAUAAGCAAUUUAGAGAGGCACAGUACUUGACCAGCAAGAGUGCUAGGUAUGUGCGUGCUGCCGGCCUGUUGUGCUGCAUGGACACGUGCAGGAGGCGGGUGGGGAGCCCCCGCACCUCGCUGAUGCUUGAGGAGCUGCUUGUGUGGCUUUGUGGCAUGCUCCAUCCCCAUCAGCUGCCACUGACUGGAAUGUAGUGGGGCUUGCGUGGCACCUGCAGAGCAAUGCGAGUGAACAAUGAAAAGAUUCGGAGUUACACUGAGCAAAUAAGCAUUAGAAAAAGGUCAGACAGGAACUUCUCUUUCACGCUUUUCUACUGUGGACAUUUUUGUGACUUUCUCAGACAAAUUUGAUGUUGUGUCUAUGAACUAGACAAACACUGCUGCGAUGUAGUAUGGUCAACCUGUGCCCUGGUAUCACACAUAUUCCAUCCUGUAUGUUUAGAAAGAAGAGACAUUGGGUGUAUUUUAGGAGAAUUGACUUCUGAUAUACCAGAUGUUUAAAUUUAGAUUAUUAAAUAAAUUUUCAAUGGAUCUUACAUAUUGAACGCUUGCGAUUGUGCAGUAGCUGAGCUAAUCUGACAGCCUGUUGCUGCUUAAGGGGGACAACUUUCCCUCUGUCUUCCUUCCCUACUCUUCUGUCUUUGGAUCCUGGGUAAGUGCUUGAAAUGAUCCAUUUUGGAGCCUUUCACGAAGGUCCACAGUUCAGUUUCCUGACCGUCAAAAAAAUGUAGACUUAUUUUGCUGAGCUAGUGAGUGGAAUCAGCCCGCUGAGAAGUGCGGUGGUUGGUAAAUCUGAGGACAGGUAAGUAGGAGGGUGCUCCCCUGGGGUCAGGAAAGUGAUGAAAUGGGGGAACAGCAGCCCUUUGCCUUUCAGGAGGCAGCGAGUUGUUAGAUCAGCUUCUCUGAACUCAAGACACUGCACUCUGCAGUUCUCAUCCUGACCUCUUUACCUAGACGUGGGAGUAAAGAGAAGCAGUGAUGAUGUUUAUGGGAUAUACAUGUUUGGCUUUUACUAAGUAUCUGAAAAUUGUUCUCUUGUCAGACAGUAUAGCAGAACUCGAUCUUGGUGAUGGAGUCCUACCAUGUAAGCAGGCAUUAACUGUAUUGUCAAAUGGAUACAGACUUGAACACGUGCUUUAAGACAUUUCAGGACGUUUCAUCUAGGGUCUGAUCCACCUUUCUUUGCAGUUGGUAGGCAGCACUUCAUUGACUUCAUGGAGAGGUGUAUCAGACCUGUUAAAAGGAGCUUCACGUAUAAGUUCAUCUUUAGUUCUAUUGCUCAUUUUAAUAAUUUAUCACUAGUAAAUACGAAGCAGAACUUCAAGAUGAACUUGCUAGCAUUUGCAGUACUGCUUCUAGAUCUGAAACUACACUUCAUAGUUUAUAGUAUGCUAAUUUAUACCCAUUGUAGCAGCACAGUUGAGGUGUUUUGUUUUAAUGUAUUUGGACUUCGGCACCUGAUCAAGUUAAUGCAUGUUAAAAAAACAAAACCCAACAAACAACCAAAACUCCUGUGCAUCAAAUGAGCUCUGGCAACUGCAUGCGCGUGCUCUUAGCCUUAUAGAAAGUCUUUUCUUGUCCUGCAAGUGAAAGAGGGUCACCUUGCAUUUGCCAUGAAUACACCCAUGAUUGUUUAUUCUUAAUCGCUUACUUGUAAAGCUGCAGUAAUAUUAUCUAUCACCUGUCUGAUCUCCGCGUUCAUUUAAUGUUGUUCAAAAUGAAGAACAGUUUGUGGAAGAUUGUGUAGGUAUGAUCUUAGUAUAGUACCAUGUCAAUUGAAAAAACAUUUGGUUAACGUAAAAUAAUUUCUUCACUGAAGCUCUUGGCAAACAUACACUAGUGUUAUGAAGCUAAUUUUUAUAUUUGUUAUUAAUUGUCUGUUUUCUCCUUUG